GUGUUCGUGCUGCCCCUCUCCCCACCUAGAGCCAACGGCGCUCCACGCCCCGGCCCCUGUGCUCCCACACUCGGGCCUAGGACUGGGGACUUCGUGAGCCGUUCUCGGGUCUGUUUGCGUUGGAGCAGCGGGGACUGCGCAGGGCCCCGCGUGCCGGUAAUUAAAAUACUCAGAAACUUUCAUAAAACUUCUGCAGAGGAUUCCCUCUGCAAGCCUAAUCGCGUCUGACAGAUGGCGACUUGUUCAGAUGAUGAUGCAGUGCCUGUGCACCCUUUUUCCAGAGAGGCCAAGAGGAUCGUUGCUCUGCCUGCUGCUGAUAGACAUCGGCUUGGCCUGGCAAUGUUAUACUCUCCAGAAAUGAGGCGAAAACGAACUAUUAGGACCCUGUGCAUGACUGUCUUAGCUGCUGUUUUCCCGACCUUCAAAGGUCCUGUCGUCAAGGUCAAACCUGUCAUUGAUGGACAAACAGUUACUUGGCAAAUGCAGUUAUAUGGCACCCCUCUGUUGUCAAUCCCUGAAGUUCCCGAUGAUCCAGAACAUAGACUUGGGUUAUACCAUGCAACGCUGAACAUUCUCGUCGCAUUGUUCAAGGACUCACGGGACAAUAGCCAUAUGAGGACUGCAGAAAACAGGUUCAAGGCAUUCAAGGCAGCAGUCAAUACAGACAUGGAGCACACACCAUAUCCUGCUAUUAAUGUGUCUGCUUAUGUCAUCUACUUGUCUCUUCAGCCCUGGUGUCAUAGAGUCUUGCGUAGAAUUUUAAGUACCAAAUUCACAGGUCCAGCCGAACAGAUGAUGGUGCAAGUCCAUAUGGUGGCUCGAUGGUCACAGAUGACUACCCUCAAUGCUAUUAAAAGGUUCCUUAACGAGUGUGACUCGAGCUUGAUCCUAAUACCUGAAGUAAAAGAGGAGAUACCCAAGUUCCAUGAAGCAUAUGAGAGACUUCGUGAAAAAACUGGAGAAUGGUUUCCUUAUGCCAAGGCAAUCAAACACCCUGAAGCCCAGAAAGUGAAGACGGCAGCAUUUCCAAACCUGGCAUCGGCAGCCCUGUACCAUGCAGCAGAGACAACACCAACUAUGCGAAACUAUAGAGCAGGGAAACACAUUAGGGGAGGGCUCCCUGAAAGCACACUUAAAAGUGCUUUUGAGCGCAAAAUCUCACGUGAAGAGCGGGCAACGCUAUACUCCUCAGGCAUCACUGGUGAGGUGAGUGACCAAGUGUCACAGACACCGACAGAGGCAGAGUCAUCCAUGGAUGAUGAUUAAUGAGUUUUUGUUUAGUAACCAAAAACCCCAUCAUCCCUCCUCAAAUAAGAAACACAAACUCAAAAAAGAAACAAAAAAUCUGUAGGAGGUAAUUUAAUAGCUGCUGUGAGGCAUACUAAAAUUAGAUCCAUCAAGGCAUUUAGGAAGGAAGUGAGAAGGAGAGGGUAGAGCAAAAAAUAAAAUGGUAAGUUUUUGAAUGACUAGAAUAUGAGGGAGAGAUUAAGUGACAUGUAAGACGUAGAAACAAAAGGUGCUGUAGGGUUUCAGCAGAGGAUUAUAUGUUGGCAAGAUCAGGAAAUAGUUUCUUGAAACUAGCUGUGGAGGGUAACCUUGAAGAUAAGAAAUUUCCAUUUUGGAAACUGGAAAGUGAGGGAUGGAAGAGUUAACAUUUCAGGAGGAAGUUAGGGGAAUAGCAAAAACAUGAAAGGUUGUGUUUUUUUUUUUUUUUUUUUUAGUAUCUGCUUCUUGAUUUAAAAUAGUGCAACAAUAUGUUCAAAGCUGAGUUAAUGUAAAUAUUUUUCAAAUUGAAUACUUCAGUACUCUGGGAUGAGGAGGGUCAGAAAGGGCUGGUCAUAGUGGGAUUGAGCAUGUGGAUAUGUCAUGUUUUAAGGGCUGUACAGGUGGUUCUGAGGGCGUUAAGGAAACUUCAAGCAGUAACAUGAGCAAACAUCAAAAACAUGCUAGUGGAAGAACUGCAUCACAAAAGACCACCUACUAUAUGACUUUUUAUGUUAAUGUCUAGAAUAGGCAAAUCUAUAGAGAGGUUGCUUCAGGCUGCAGGGGAUGGGGUAAGGGAGUGAUAGUUAAGGGUGUAGGUUUAUUUUUUUAUUUUUAUUUUUUACAGGUUUAUUUUUGAGAUUAAAAUUGACUAGUGAUUGCACAUCUGAACAUACUAAAAGCUAUUGUACCCUUUAAAUGGGAUGUGAACUGUCUUGAUAAAACUUUUAAAAAAAAUGAAUAAACAUUUGCCCUUCACCUUGUAUUUCUGUUCCUUUAAACAUAAAGAAAUUAUCAACUUUACCAUAAUUGGAGGUUAGAGACUACUAAGUAGAGAUUACGAGGCUAUUAUAUGGAAGAAAAGGGUUAUGCAAUUUAGAAAACAUGGAAACAUCUUUAUGAAUACUGAUGGUUUUUUUGUGGAAUAUUUUGUCUAAUAAAUGCUUGAUGUGUUAUAUGCGUGCAGUUUUAAAAGUUCUUCGUGAAGACCUGUUAAAUUUAUGAGCAGAACAAAGAAGGCAGGGAUCAAUGAUUCUGUGAUAAGGUGUAGUGUUUUCAGGAAAUAAUCUAAGAAGUUGGGUUUUAAUAUUUAGCAAAUUUUAUGUCAAGUGGUGCUUGUUCCCCCUUUUUACAAAGAAGAUUUAGUAAAACAGGUUAAGAUCAAGAUAGCAAGACAAAAUCACACCUAAACAGUUAAAAUACUGCACAUAAUUUUUUUUCAAGCUGCAGAUAGUUCUACACAGGACAGGAAACUUGGAAGAUAAGAAUAAGUCACCUUUCAUUUAAUACUCAUAUUUGAACACAAGGAGGAAGUACUAAUGAAGUUGCUUUGUUUUAUUUAAUUUUUUUAACUUUACUGUUUUAAACUUGGUCAAGGAUUAAAGAGGUGGAGUGUGGACUGUUCUCUCAAUAAACAUCUCUAAAACUGCACUCACUACCAGUGGCUUUCCCUGCUGUGCAGAUUCAGUACCAGCUCCACUCAUUCAAAGCUAGACGUGCACUUCAUCAGUGCUCAUUUGCUGUCGCCAGCUAUGUUAGCCACCCCCUCUACUGCUUGGGGACUUUAUUAGAAGUAUGAGUUAUUAAGUUGAUUUUCUUCACACAAAUUUUUAAAUAUUACUUGUCAAGUUUUUUAAAGAAAAUAUUUAAAUUCAGCAUUGAUGAGUUUAUAAAAAUGAGACAUGCAACUCACAACUGUAGUUUACAUUUUCUGAUUGACCCUAAUUCCUUGUUGCUGUCAUCCGUGUAAUUUCUAAAGAGAGCAAGUAAAUAUAUCACCUUCAGCAGUUUCAAUCAGGCUUUUAACUAGUUAUCAUUUACAGCCAGUUCCCGUUUGUGUAUUGAAGCUUUCAUGCAGUUUUUUCUGUUUUAUCAGUUCCAGCACUACCAUCCUGCAUCUUCUUAAACAAGCAGAUUGAGGCUUCCCUGAAGUGGAACCUUUUCAACAAAGCCAUUAACUGUUUCCCUCUGAUGUUCUGUAUUCUUCUGAUAGGACUUAAGGAUGUUCUUGCAGGGCUUUUGAUGAGCCUCUUCAACUAACUAUUCUUGAAAAUGAUGCAUCAUCUCCAUGAAAUGAAAUUUUAGGGGAUUGGCUUUUCAAUUUUUUGUCCAGAAGGUCUACUGUACCCUCCAGUGAAAAGAUGGAUCUCUUCUCAUCUUUAUUGUUGCCAAACAGAUAAUUUCCAAGUUUAGAGGACUGGCCUCUAUCCACUGUAGGUGACUGUCUUCUAGAGAGAAAUUAGGACUUGCUUCCUCUGCAGAGGCAACCACACUUAUUUGGAUAGCAUGUUAGUUUGGAGUCUGUCCCCAGGGCCACUGUGGGAGCCGUGCAGCCAUGGAUGAAGAAGGCAGGUCAAGAUAAUGGUAGGAUCCUGGAUCAUUGGGUCACAACUGGUAGAGAAGCCUCCUUAUCGAGGAAUGCUUGGAUCCAUGUGACACACUGGAUCAACUGGAGAUCCAUGCAGUAUGAAGGCAUUGCCGGUUCUGGUAUUUCCUGAAUUCUUAUAUUGAAACCCAGGUGAUUGAGAUAUUUGUUGAAACCCUUCUUCCCCCGUGCCUGCUUGCUUAGUGUGACAAAAUGCAAAUGAGGGAGAUUGCUCCCGAGGGAGAUUGCUCCCAAUGGAGGGAAAUUUCUGCAUCUUUUGUAGACAGGUUUAGGCUUCCAAACUACAGAAGAAAGAGUUUUACCCAGGGACAUGGGCACAUGAGUCGUUUGUGGCAGACUGUUCCACUAUUAAACUCUGAACUGCUUGUGUGUGUAGAAUGGGUUAGGACAUGAUACUGUUAGGAUCCCUGUAUUUCCUAGGGCUGCUGUAAGAAACUGCCACACAUUGGGUGGCUUAUAAGAACGGAAGUUUACUGCCUCAGUUCUUGGAGGCCAGGAGUCUGAAAUCAGGGUGUUGCAUGUGUUGAUGCGUUCUGAGAGCUCUGAAUGAAAAUCUGUUCCAUGCUGUUCUAGCUUCUGGUGACGGCCGGUGAUCUUGUCAUUCUUUGGUUUGCAGCUCCAACCUGUGGCUCUGUCUUCACGUGGCUGUCUGUCUUCUAUGUCUGUGUCUCCUUUUACAAGGGCACUGCACAUAUGACCUCUUGUUAACUGAUACCUUUAAAGACCCUAUUCCCAAACAAGGUCGUAUUCACAGGUGCCGAGGGUUAGGACUUCAACAUAUUUUGAAGGAGAUAAUUCAAUCCUUAACAAUUGCCUAGGUUUUCUGGGGGGCAAGUAAGCCUAGAGUAUUCACAGCUCAUAGGUUAGUUUUCUCUGGCUGUGAUCAGCCUUAAUUAGCCCUUUCCAUUUCCCCCAAAUGGAAAUGAUGACCCUUUCUACCUGUGCAGCGAACUGGCCAAAGUUAGCAUUGGGUUUAUAAAAGCUGUCCUGUCCCAUUGGCCCAACUGAUGGUCUCCUGUGGUUCCAAGCAUUUGGUUGGGUUAGAGGUAGAACACUCACAGGGUUCUGAGCACACAGUUGUAGCCCCUAGAGUACUAGGCAGAGGCAGUUAGAUAAAUUAACUCCUAUGAGUUAAUGAUUAUAUUAGAUACAAAGAGUUGAUAUGGAUACAAAAUCUAUAAUUUAUAAAUUUGUUUUUAAAUCAAUACAGGUUUUUUUCCAUUUUUCUAGAAAAGCAACAAUGUGUUUUUAUCACAACUUUUUUAAGUGUUCUGGGGGUCUGGAAUUAACUUCUCAAUUCUCUUGGUUUCUGUGUUUCCCUUUCCUAAACUAUCUCCUGAAUAAUCUCUUGGUCUUCUGACCCUUAGUUAAUGGUGCUGUCUUAGUCAUCUACUGCUGCUACAACAGAAAUACCACAGGUGGAUGGCUUUCA